GAUAUUUGGACUUCCAUGUGGUUGGGCUGUCUUUCCUCAGACAAGAGAAAUACCUGUAGAAUUGGGCACUACCAUUUUUUGCUAGUUUAGAGUAUGAGAAGGAGAGUUUCUUCUUCUCCCUUUUGUCUUCAUAAGGAAAUGCAGCCUCAGAGUGAUUCCAUAUUCCAGGCAGUUCAGAGAAUUCUGAACUUAGUUUCAGACCUGGAAUGGCCAAAUAUCAAGGUGAAGUUCAAAGUUUGAAAUUGGAUGAUGAUUCAGUUAUAGAGGGAGUAAGUGACCAAGUACUCGUGGCAGUCGUGGUCAGUUUCGCUUUGAUUGCUACCCUGGUAUAUGCGCUUUUCAGAAAUGUACACCAAAACAUUCACCCAGAAAACCAAGAGCUGGUAAGGGUGCUUCGAGAACAGCUUCAAACAGAACAGGAUGCUCCUGCUACUGCGCGCCAGCAGUUCUACACUGACAUGUACUGUCCGAUCUGUUUACAUCAAGCUUCCCUCCCUGUCGAAACCAACUGCGGACACCUUUUCUGUGGUGCCUGCAUUAUUGCAUACUGGCGAUACGGUUCGUGGCUGGGGGCAAUCAGUUGUCCCAUCUGUAGACAAACGGUGACGUUACUCCUGACGGUAUUUGGUGAAGAUGAUCAGUCUCAGGAUGUCGUGAGGUUGCAUCAGGACAUCAAUGACUAUAACCGAAGAUUCUCAGGGCAGCCCAGAUCUAUUAUGGAAAGGAUUAUGGACCUACCCACCUUACUGAGGCAUGCAUUCAGAGAAAUGUUUUCAGUUGGGGGCCUUUUCUGGAUGUUCCGCAUUAGAAUAAUACUUUGUUUAAUGGGAGCUUUUUUCUAUCUCAUAUCACCUUUAGAUUUUGUACCUGAGGCCUUGUUUGGAAUUCUAGGCUUUCUAGAUGAUUUCUUUGUCAUCUUUCUGUUGCUUAUCUACAUCUCCAUUAUGUACCGAGAAGUGAUAACCCAAAGGCUAACCAGAUGAAAAAAAUGAGUUUACUGGACUGUCUGAGCUAAUGUAUAAAGUCAAAUGAAAGGACCAUGGCAGUAUGAAGCAUCUGAACAUUAUAAACUCAAAACCGCUGUAUGACAUUCGAUGAUCAUUUGACAAAUGCCUAGCAAUAUAUAACUGGAAUUUUUACAUGUUGCAGGUUCUAAUGUUAAGGUUAGAAUUAUAAUAACCUACAGUUUUAUCUUGAUUCUGUGCAAUCUAUAAAGUCUCUGGAAAAAUAUGGAGUUAUAUAAAAAGGGAUGCUUUUAUAUCUUUUUCUUUUCCCCAAAAUUACUUAAAUUGGGUGUGUAGUAAGAUACCAUCAAGUGUACAGUUUACCCAAUUUAUGCUCAGUGGGUACAUAUAUGAUAAUACAGAGCUAUGAAACUCAUCUAAAUCCUUUUGUUACAAUAAAAUCUCGUGCAGUGUUGGGGAAAAGUCAGUGUUUCUUGUAGUACUAGCUUAGUUUUGUACAUUUGGAGCAGUUUCACUUUUCCAUUCUGGUAGAAUUUUUGUUAAUACUGAAAGUAAAAGAAGAAACUUGAAGUUUAUCAUUUGAUUUCAUAUUCCAGUUUACAAAACUUUUUUUUUCUAUUUUUUGUCUAAAAAUGGUCUUGUCACAGUACUCCUGCCUCAGCCACCUGAGCUGCUAGGAUUACAGGAGCAUGCCAUGCUCUCAGUUGUUAGGUUGGGUUGGGAAUUGAACCCGGGCCUCCCGUGUGCUCCCAGCUUGUGAAGCACAGUGUUUUAGCAGCACGCACUAUCACAGCUGAGCUGCAGAACACUUUUUAAUCGAUAGAAGAAUUUACAAGUUGAAAACAUUAUCUCCAGUCAGCACAUUUGAUGUUCACAAUUAUGACAUUUAAACAAGAGUUUGGUCCUUUCAUAGGACCAGAUAUAAAAGUAAUCGUAAAGGGAGAUGUUUUUAGGGAUCUGGUGAUUCUGCAAACUCAUAGUAGUUUGAAGCUGAGGAAAGAGGAUCUUCAUAUCUAUGAGCAUCCAAGCCCUUAAGAUACAAGAACACUAUUUAAGUGGGACAAGAGAAACUACUAGUUAGCUCUGGGAACAGAAUGGACAAAUUGUGGUUAGUUUUCUGUUUGGAUGGCAGCAAAUAGCCCCGAUUCAUCAUUCCAUGAAGAAUGGGCAGACGUGUCUGGGUGCUGGAUAAGAACAUUAUCUCGUUUUUUUCUGACAGCUAUGACACAAGUGUCUAAUGCCCUUUUCUGCAGUUUUCUGUUUGAGAUGAAUCGAUAGCACAGGUCUGACUAGGUCCUCAGUCACUUUAGCCAGCACUACUCAUUCAUGAAUUUAGGCUGGCGGGGUGCACCCUGAAGACAGGAGUCCGAGUUAGCUUUGUCAUCUGCCGUCAUUACACUGUUGGGUCGUCAGAAAAGGAAUGACACAUUUUUACAUAGAAAAAAUAAUGUCAUGACUUUUUCAACGACCCAAUAAUAUUAUUCACUAAUUUAUUAUUGAGCCCCAUUACAUGCAUAUCGGUAUCAGCAUUGUCAUCUGCCAUCACUAGGAAUACUAUCUAUCAACUUAUUAUCGAGCAGGGUUAUAUUAGGGAGACACGGAGAAAAUCUGACACAUUCUCCCACGUUAAUAAGAUUAGCCAUUGACUAAUAAGAUUCUGAAUAAAAUGUCAGUCGUGGUUUCUGAUACAGAGCUACCGCAGAACUUGCAUGUCAGAGAGAGCAAUACUGUUUAAACUAGGCAUCGUGUAAUUACAGCCAUUUCCCACAUACUUUUCAUUUUGUCCUUAGGAGAACUAGGGGAGGAAAGCAGGGCAUCACCUUCCUUUUCACUGAUGAACUCCCUAUGCUAGUGAAAGGUUUUUCGCUUUUUAAUUUUCCCCUGAAAUCACCCAACAGUAAAUGAUUAAAUUGGUGUUGAAGUCUUAGUAGGACUCCUGCGUGAGAUGCUUCAUUAGACUUAACUUCAUGCUGAAGAGGAGAAGCUGGGAUCCUUGGGAAGUCUUUCAUAAGACAUUAUUCUUGCAUGGGAGUAAGAGCGCUUUGGUCUCCUAGUCUAGAAAGAUGACCCAGCAGGACUCGAUGAUUCCUAAAUCUACACUUGCAAAACAAAUGUCUCAUAGGGUGGCAUCCGUCACAGAUAUAUUUCAGCUGCGGUCACCACCUCAAAAGCUCCUAAGCAGUUUGUCACACCACCAUGUACCAGACUGGAAAUGCAUUUCCUACCCCUGAGAAGUUUGGUGUGGGUCUCUAGCGAUGUCAUUUUAUUGAAAAGAUUUUAUUUUCUGUGCAUGUGUUCUGCUCCAAGUGUCACAUUUCUUGUUACAAUAAUUGUAUUGUAAUAUCUAGGAUUACUACUAAGCCUUUCCUGGUAGAAGUGUAUUGUACCACAUUUCGUAAUAUACGGAAACACUAUAUGAAAUGAAGUCUAACGACACUGAAAAGGGAACAUGCAGACAUCUCAGAAUUUCAGACUUGCUCGUUGUCCUCUUGGCUGAUCGCUGAUCAUAAACACAGAAGGAACCGAGAGUGUUUAAAGCAAGUAGAGUCAAUCAGUGUUCUAAACAUCAUAGUAAUACGUCCAUGAUGCAGAGUUAGGUCAUAGAAAUCAAAGCAACAAUUUGAAUUCUUAAAAAAAUAUAUAUUGUAAUCGUCAUGGAAACAGAUGGUCCAACCCCAGGAGCAGAAAAUAACUUGGACAGCUCUGUGGGGAACAAGACGGAGGAGCAGUUGUUCUAACUGCCCACUAGAAUGGUGGUUUCAGCUACGACAGUUCUCGGGAUUGAGAGAACAAGGGAAGAAAGGGGCUGUGUGGACCCCUUGUUGCUGUGCAGACACCUACCUCACAGAGUUGUUGGAGAGGACUGGCGGUGCGGCUCACACUUUGUCAUUUAAGAACCUGUCAAGUAUUUUAUUCUUUGGAAUAAAAGCAGCAUAUCUAA